GGGAAAGAGGGCGCGGCCUAGGAGAAAAUGGCGGCUUUUCCAUCCCGCCUCGAGUAGCGAGCGAUUGUCCGACCUCGGGCAACUGAACGAGCGUGUCCGGACCGCCCUUCCCUCAGCGUCGACUGAGGCUUUAAUACCUGCUCCGUCUGCCGCCUGUUAGGCCGUCGGGCCGGGGGUCCUGAGUCUGCCCCAGCGCUUAGCCCAUAAUGGCACCUACCCCGCAGCCCCUGGCAAGAAAGAUCGUCAAAGGAGUUCUAGCUUUGGAAGUGGCUGGAUUGGCUGGAAUGUAUUUGUUGUUUCACAGGAUGAACUCAAACCAAGAUUUCCGGUACACAAUGCGGAAGAGAUUUCCCCUCAUCUUAGAAGUUUACUACAAAUCCAACGAAUGGUCCGGGAUUCACGGAAUCAGAGAGAGAGAUGAAGAAAAGUGGUUGAACGACAAAAACUAGUAGCCCUGUGGUUUGAACUUCUUCUUCUUCUUCUUCUUGAGGAUGCUCUUCACAUCCCUGUCGUGAAGCCAGUCGUCUCGCUCUGCUUCCCAGCGAAGCUGUUUGAUAUCUUUGAAGAGGAGGAGGAGGAGGUUCAAGAGGUGAAGAAAAUAGACCACCGCAAAACGGAGACCUUUGGGGUUCUAAACGACUGCUGACUGGAUUAUGGGUGGGGAUUCAA